CCAGUUUUUGUAAAGUAAAGAAUAUUGUGAACUUAUUAGGUAAGAAACAUCAAUUGCACACACUGGCUGGUAUAUAGAGGCAACAGGGGUGCCACUGAGGUUGGAUACAACUUAAGGUGUCAUUAAUAUUUCUACAUCUCUGCUGACCUCUAGUGGAUAAACACAGCAGCACUGAAACCUAGAAGGAGGAGCUCCCAGGCAGCUUUACUGGCUCAGCGUCUUGACUUUCAGGAGUGACAGUCCCAUCUGUGUCUGACAGGAGGCACUCCUUACCUGGACGGACGACAGAGCGGUUUGCUUUUGAAAUGUGGCUCAUAGUCGUCUCUGUCCCGCUGCUCCCCGCCGUCCUCAUGGUGUCCGGUCGUUUCCGUGUCAAAGUGUCCUCGCUGUGCUAUCGGGCUUUGACGUGGGCCCUGAGGCUGGUGCGAGGGCGAGUGUGUGUGAGGAGCACCCAUGCUUUUGUGUUCUCCGAAUGCACCCACGGCAAGGCUGACAGCGUACUGGAGACCUUUGACCUUUACGCUGAGACACACCCUUCCUUCUGCAUCAGCCCACAGACUGUUGAAGCAGUGGAUGGAGUGAUGAGGCGUGUCCGUCCCUCCCGGGUGUUGGAGCUGGGGAUGCACUGUGGCUACACCUCUGUCCACCUGCUGCGUCUGCUGCCCCCUGCUGGCAGGCUGAUCACAGUGGAGCUGGACCCCCUCACAGCAGAGCUCGGGGAGGAGAUCAUACUUGUAGCUGGCUUUAAACACUCACAGUUCCAGGUGUUGAUUUCCAGCUCAACUGAGGCCAUCCCAACAUUACGUUCCUGUCUUGACCUCGAUAAAGGAACCAGUGAGGGGUUCGAUCUGGUUCUCAUGGACCAUGACCCCCAGCAGUAUCUUCCAGACCUGCUAGCUCUGGAAAGAGAGGAGCUCCUCAGCCCGUUUGGCUGCUCCGUCCUUCUGAUCCACAGGAACCAAAGAACUGAGCAGAUCAGAGGAGUCCUGGAUCACAUCAGAGCGAGGGUCGACUGUUACUGCAUCAAAUCAGAGCUUCAGUCCAUGACUGAAGUCUUCUAUCAAAGAGAAAACACACAGAUAGACAGGUGAAUGUGGCGGGACUGCUUCCAUUAUACCAACCAAGAGUGUUACAUACAGUACUUUAUCAUCUCCAGCCUCACCUGUGUGUCAAAGAAUAUGUAGAUUAAUAAUAUGUGCUCAAUAAAUUAUUUUCUCUCAUCUAUCAGAC